GCCCGUAUCCCGGGGGCGGGACCUCCUCUCCCCCGGCUCCGCGCGUCGUCCGGCGGCCGCUCCCGGGAUGAAGCGAGCGGCGGGCUCGGGGCGCGGGUGAGCGGGGCCCGGGGAUCGGCGCCCGGGCGGGACAGGCCGGCUCCCGCCACAACCCAGGGGCAGGGACUGACCAUCAGUGACCGCUGUGUGACACUGUGUUGCAGGGCUGGGACUGACCAUCUCCAGGACCGGCUGGGCAGUGAGUGACCGGGGAACCAUGGGCCAGUGGGCAGCCUGCUUUGCCCGGACGGUGACCUGUGUGGUGACACUGUUGGCAGCUAUGGCCAGGCCACAGCAGCGGAAGCAGACGUCCAGCUUUGCCGGGAAGCCGUUUGUGACGGUGUGGAAUGCUCCGACCCACGACUGCGCCCGGUACUCAGUGUCCCUCAACCUUGAGAUGUUUGACAUUGUGUCCUCGCCGAACGAGGGCUUCUACGACCAGCAGCUCACCAUCUUCUACAAGGAGAGGCUCGGGAGGUAUCCCUACUUCCAGGGGCAGAGCCCUGUGAAUGGGGGCGUGCCCCAGAACAGCAGCCUGCUGCCACACCUGGACGCGGUGCGCUCGGACAUCAGGCGCUACAUGCGGUCCUGGGACAAGGAGGGUCUGGCAGUGAUCGACUGGGAGGAGUGGAGGCCACUCUGGAUCCGAAACUGGAAGAACAAGCAGAUCUACCGGGACAGCUCGCUGUCCCUGGUGUCCCAGCGACACCCCGACUGGUCACAGGCGGACGUCAGCAGACAGGCACAGUUCGAGUUUGAGCAGUCGGCGCAGAGGUUCAUGGUGCAGACUCUGCAGGAGGGCAGGAACACGCGGCCCCGCAGCCUCUGGGGCUUCUACCUCUUCCCCGACUGCUACAACCACGACUACAAGAACAACGCAGCCAACUACACCGGGCGCUGCCCCGACGUGGAGAUCGCCCGCAACGACCUGCUGACAUGGCUCUGGAGGAACAGCACCGCCAUCUACCCCUCGAUCUACCUGGACCGUUCCCUCCGCUCCUCGCCCAGUGCCCACAAGUUCGUCCGGUCCCGGGUGAAGGAGGCUCUCCGCGUCUCCCAGCUGCACGGCCCCCACCACGCGCUGCCCGUCUUUGUGUACUCACGGCCCACCUACAGCUACACCGUCCAGCUGCUGACCGAGCGGGACCUGGUCACCACCAUUGGGGAGACAGCGGCGCUGGGGGCCGCCGGGAUCAUCUUCUGGGGAGACACCGACUACAGCAACAGUGCGGAACGCUGCCGGAUGAUGAAGAGUUACGUGGGAGGGGUCUUUGGCCGUUACCUCCUGAACGUCACCACGGCGACCAGGUACUGCAGCCAGUUCCUGUGUGGGGGCCGCGGGAGGUGUGAGCGAAGGGACAGUGAGGCUGAGACCUACCUCCACCUCAGCCCGGACAGCUUCCGGAUCCAGGAAAGCCCGUCCGAGGGAGCUGGGCUCCAGGUAUCCGGCGCCCUGACCCAGCGCGACCGCCAACGGUUCCAGGAGGACUUCCAGUGCCGCUGUUUCCGGGGCUGGUUGGGCCAGCAGUGUGGUAUUGCAGAGAGUGCCGGCCUACGCAGUCUGCCCUCCACCCUUGCCCCUCUCCUCGCCCUCCUGCUCCCUCUGAUACUGUAGCAACCGUCAGCCCUUCCCUCCUCCUCCAGGCUCUGCUUCCUCGAAGCCUCUCUGCAGGGACAGUAUUUCACCAGUAUUUUUACAUCCAAAGAGUUGUGUGAAUUUUCCGGUGCUGCAGUGGCCGCAGUAACUGGUGGUCACAGGGUGACGGUGAUGCUCCACGUGACGGGAGCCACCCGUGUAAUCCACUGCCAUUCCCUUGCUUCCCUGGGCAGCGGUGGGACAUUGAUCAAUGUAAAUGCUGGAACCUCACAGCCAAGGACGCUUGGACUCGGUGAACAGAGACCCUGAGCCAUUGGUGUUGAUGACGGUCGCACUGAUAAGGUCAGAAGCUGCUGGAAAUGCUUGAUGGCUCAGGGAGAGUCGGCAGGAAACAGAACAAUGACUGACCACCACAGCAACAUGGCAGAUGUCUGAGCCUGACUGUAAACUGUGUCAAAAGGUUGUCGGUGUGUGUGUCUAAAGCAGUGACCUCUGCACAGUGAGCAGGAGCUCACUUGACCAAUAAAGUAGCAGCUUGGGUUAUCCGGUAUCCGAAGGGCCUGUUCCUGUGCUGUACAAGGUCCCGGUCUGGUGUCCUGGCUCUUCAACGGCUCAUCCUGUGGCCUCUUGGUCCAAUGACUGAUGUCUCCUUGCAGGGCAGUUUAGAGCAGCUCAGGAGAGUUUAGACCAGCGAGGCAGUGCAGCAGUUGGGGGGGGGGUGACUCCUACAGGGAACGUGGAACAGGCGAUCCAGUGGGCAG